GCAGCUCAGACCCAAGGCCAUGAUCCUAAAGCGGGAAUAUAAAUAACCAGCGCAGCGUUCAAACUGUUCAAGAAGCAACAUGAGAGGACUUUUAGUCUUAGCUGCUCUGCUCCUGGCGGCUUUCUGCAAGGAGAGGUUCGAGGGACACCAGGUCCUUCGGAUCACUGCAAAGAAUGAUGCGGAGAUCGGUCUCCUAAAGGAGCUCUCCAAGCAGGAAGAUCUUGGGCUGGACUUCUGGACGGAUCCCGUCGACCAGUCACUGCCUGUCGAUAUCCGAGUUCCUUUCCACAGCCUACAGGGCGUCAGGGCGUUCCUGGGGUACCAUGAGAUCCACUACGAGAUCAUGAUCCAGGAUCUCCAGGAUCUUCUGGACAAGGAGCAGCGUGAGAUGAUGAGAGCUCGGGUUCUUCAGCCCAGAAGCACUGAUGAUUAUGACUAUGAGAACUACCACACUCUGAGCGAGAUUAACAGCUUCAUGGACAUGUUGGUGCAGGAGAACCCUAAACUGGUUAGCAAGCUAGUGAUUGGACAGAGCUAUGAGGGCCGAGCAUUAAAUGUCCUAAAGUUCAGCACCGGUGGUACAAAGCGCCCAGGGAUCUGGAUCGACACUGGAAUCCAUGCCAGAGAGUGGAUCACACCGGCGAGCGGAACCUGGUUCGCCAAGAAGAUUGUAACGGAAUACGGACAUGACCCUGCUCUUACCGCCAUCCUUGACAAGUUCGACAUUUUCCUGGAGCUUGUUACCAACCCUGACGGAUAUGAAUAUACACACUCUAGUAACCGCAUGUGGCGCAAGACUAGGAGGAUAAACUCUGGUUCCUCGUGUAUUGGUGUGGACCCGAACAGGAACUGGGGUACAGGAUAUGGAGGUGCUGGUUCCAGUAGUAACCCUUGCUCUGAGACGUACCGUGGACCGGGUGCCUACUCUGAGCCUGAGGUCAAGGCAAUCGUCGAUUUCACCAAGUCUCAUGGCAAUCUCAAGGCCUUCUUGACCAUCCAUAGCUACUCUCAGAUGAUGCUCUACCCCUAUGGUGACACCCAUAAGCCUUGUGUGGAUGAAGCAGAGCUGGAUGAACUUGCAUUGAAAGCCUCCACUGCCUUGGAGAGUCUGUAUGGCACUAAAUAUACCUACGGGAGCACAUUUAACACCAUCUAUCAGGCAAGUGGAGUCACCACAGACUGGGCCUACGAUGAGGGCAUCAAGUACUCAUACACCUUUGAGCUGCGAGACGAUGGGCAUUAUGGAUUCGUCCUUCCUGCAGAUCAGAUCAUACCGACUGCUCAGGAGACAUGGCUGGCUCUCAUGGUCAUCAUGGAGCACACAAAGAACAACCCGUACUAAACCUGCAGCUCGGAUCAGACGCUCUGGUGCAGGAUGUAAUAUGUGACUGCUGGGAUUCCCACCUGCACACAUCCGAUAUGAAAAACCAAUAAAGAAUAAUUUACAAUAAAA